CCCACCCAGAAAGCGAGCUGAGUAGAGCUAGCCACCAGGCACAAAUUUAAUAUCACUUGCUCGUUUCGCAGGCACAAGCUAGCGUACGUUGCGUUCGGUCAGACGAGGUUAGUAGGUGCGAGAGUGAGGGUGGGGAUAGAGGUCACUUUUGGGCCGACUCAAGUGGGGUUGGAGACAGACGACGGAGGACGUGGACGUGCCAAUUUGUCAGAGUGAGGGUUUGAGGUCUUGCUGAUUUGCUCGCCGCGUGAAACGCCGCACAUGGCGGGAUCGCACGAGCCAGCGCACGUGCUGCACGAGCUGACCGAAGCAGGCGAUCUCGAUCUUCUUUCCGCGAUCUUCGCCAGGCUGCCGUUCAAGACGCUUCUGGCCGCUUCGCAGGUGUGUUGCCUCUGGUCGCAGGCGAGCGAGCAUCUCUUUCAGAGGGAGUGCGAGAGGAAAGGGUGGAAACCACCCAGACGACCCCGAGGACAGACAGAACUGUCGUCCUUUCGCCCUUGGCGCUCGCUCUUCUUCCGCCAUGCCUGCAGGUGCUGCGGCGCCCAUGGGGAGUUCAUAGUGCGACACGCCAAGCCCCCCCCCCCCGGCCCUGCUUCCUCCGACCCUGCUACACCUUCGGUUUCUGCUUCCAAGCAUUCUGAUUCUGCCCACCACCACCCCACAGCCGCAGCAGCUGACAAACCCUCUUCCACCAAACUCCGUGCCCCUCAAAAACUUCAAAAUCCACAAAAGAAGUUGCUUGUAUCGAAUCCGCAUGCGUCUAGAGACCUGUGGUUCCUGCUGUGCCUGCAGUGCACGCGCCUGCCAGGUGUCCAGCUGCGAUUGGUGCGGCUGAAUGCGUGCGUGGACACUGUUGGGAUAACAGGGUCGCGACUGGGAUGCAGGGAGCAAGAUCGUUCUGUGAAGAGGAAGAGGAAGCAGGAGAGGAGUGGGAGGAGGAGGGGAGAUCAAGCAGAAUACACUGCGUGAGAGAGGAGGGGGGAAGCAUUUCACUGCGUUUGUGGACGCCGUUGGGGUGACAGGGUCGAGAUUGGGAUGCAGGGGGUGGUUGCGAGAAGAGGAAGAGGAGGAAGCAGGACUGCGAUGGGGAAAUGCAGGUGUGUGUGGCACGUGGUGGGAGAAGGGGAGGAGAAGGAGAAAAGCAAAUAUUAGCAUUUUUAGUGCGAUUUGUGGAUACAGCUGGGGUACAGGCUACAGCGUACAGGGUUAAGGUUGGGGUGCAAGGCCAAGUGACUUGGGUGUUUGGAUUUGUAGUAACGUGGGAGAAGCAUGAGCACAGUUGACCGACGAGACGAAUGUGCUGGUGUUUUUGUGUUAGGUCGAUGGGUUUGAACGUGUUUCUUCCAGCUGCUCGUAAAGUCUUUUUCUAAUCAUUAAUGCA